AUGAAGAGGACAAUGAAGAUAGAGCAAGAUAUGGAUGAAAAUGGCCACCGCAAAGGGAAGGGACAUAAUUUUGAUCUGAAUGCAUAUGCACAUUGUGAAGAUGACAUCGUAGCUUGGAAGUGGAUGUGCGGGGAAAUGGGAGUCGAGGACAGCAAAGCAGACGAAAAAAUGAAUAAUAUGGUUAACGGAGGUGCAAUAGAUGCCGAGAACGUGGAUGAUCAGCAAGAGAUAGACCUGAUGACUAUGAAGUUUGAUACCAUUGAGGAUGCUGAAUGUUUCUAUAACAUAUAUGGUAGGGCCAUGGGGUUCAGCAUAAGGAGGGGGUAUGCGAAAAAAGACCUGGAGGACGGCACGACUGUGAGGUAUAGGUCUUGGGUGUGUAGUAGGGAGCGCGAGUGGGAUGAGAAACACAUUCUCCGGAAUGAUCGGAAAAGAGAGGCAAAAGCUGUAACACGGGUGAACUGUGGAGCUUGCCUGAAAAUAAGAUUGGAUGAUAAUGAAGGGAAGUACAUAGUGUCUUGCUUUGUGAAGGAACACAACCAUCAGUUGGGCAAUCAUGCAAGCAUUCCUUUCAUGAGGUCGCACAGGAAGGUGGCAGAUAGCGAUUAA